CUUUAAUCUAGAACUCAUGGUAUGAUUAGACUUUUAUAGAGAGGCAGCAUUGCUAAAUUUGGUGUAAGGAGCUCCAACAAUAGAUAUAUACUUAGAUGGGUUAGAUUCAAGGAAAACAGCGAGAUUCAAUGACAAGCAAUAAGGCUUUAUCAAAUUGCCUGUGUAUUAGGUAAUAUAUAAAUUGAACAAUCAAGGGAGAUGAUGACAUAUCAGGUGUUGUAGAUUUGAAGAUGAAUAAAAAUAAAAAGAUUGAACACUUGGGAAUUCGUAUCGAAUUAAUUGGUAGAAUUGGUAAGUUAUUGAAAUAAUCUAGAAAUUCUCAAUGAUUAAAAGCAAUCAUCUGAUUUUAUGUCAAUGGGAAGGGAAUUGGAAGCUUAAGGUAUUUUGAUGGAAGAUAAAACUUAUAAAUUCUAAUUUAAUAAAUUUGAGAAGCAAUAUGAAAGUUAUUAUGGCAAGGAAGUCAAAUUGAGGUAAGAUAGGGUGUUAAUUAAAAAUAGAUAUUAUUUACGGGUUACAAUGAAUAGAAAUUACGGAUAAGUGAAAAAGGAAGUAGAGUUCGCAGUUUAAAUAGUGGAAUAAGAUUAAGAUGAUCAACCAUAAACUUCUUUAAAGCUUGAAGUGGGAAUCGAGGAUUGUUUACACAUAGACUUUGAAUACUUUAAAUCAAGAUAUCAUUUGAGAGAUGUUGUAACAGGGAAAGUGAACUUCUAUUUAGUUAAAAUAAAAAUCAAGCACAUGGAGUUGGCUGUGAUUCGUAAAGAGUAGAUUGGAUAAGGUACGACUCAGUAAACAGAGAAUGAUAUCCUUGUGAAGUACGAGUUGAUGGAUGGGUGUCCUUAAAAAGGAGAAGUAGUACCCAUUCGACUGUUUUUGAGUGGUAUUGAUAUGUCACCUACUUUAAAAAAUGUGAGUGGCAAGUUUAGUGUGAAAUACAUUUUAAAUUUGAUACUGGUUGAUGAGGAUGACAGAAAAUAUUUUAAAUAAUAGGAGAUUACAGUUUAUAGAAAGAAAUGAUAACAAAAAUAAUAUAUUUUAUGCAUAUAAAAAC